AUGGAUUAAUAAUAAUAAGAGUAAGAACAAGCCAAGAAGCCUGGUUUCUGGUAAAAUUUGAAAUAAGGAACUUAUUUAACAGGAAUUGUAGCAGGAACAGGAACUGUUUUGACUAAAGCUGGAUUGGCAAUUUAUGGUUUCUCGUCGGUUGGGCCAGUCGCAGGAAGUCUUGCUGCAGCUACAUAAGCAAGUAUUGGUAGUGUAGCAGGUGGAAGUGCAUUUGCUAUAGCUUAAGGAGUAGCAAUGUCAGGAUUAGGAGCCAUUGCAUUACCAGCUGUAGGAGUUGGUGCAGCAAUAGGAGGUGGAUAUGUUGCUUAUAAGCAAUUUAAAAAAUGA